CGCACCAAAAUGAUGUGUUUGUACCGGUUUUUGUUCCUGUGCAGUCGAUGUAUUCUCCUUUCAACUCCGACUGCAUUCCCAUCUGUAUUGUUAAUUUUGUCCAAAUGAUAACCGAUCAGCAUCGUUAGUACACACGUCUGUGUUGAAAUACAACUGACCACACAUUUUGGCAGUGCAUUCAGCCGAUUUUAUUCAGUUUGCGGAUUCCGUAUCCAGAGUUGUCGGUGAACAUCGGAAUAGUUUUUAAUCCGCAUACUCUGUCAGUUGAAUGUGGAUUAUCGAGGGAAACUAUAUGGGAUAUCGGCGUUCGUUGUUCUUUGUAUAAAAACUCCCGGCAUUGACCAGUGGAUUAUCGGCCGUGAUUGAGCAACCGCCAUUCAGAGCUGCCAUAAUCCCCGAAUUUGAGUAGCUCUCCUGUUUUCGGUUGCCGUGAGCGCUCGAGAGAGUAGUGUCACACUCAAAAAAUAGCAACAAACCACAGUGUUCAUCUAUGAAUUCAAGCGUGAGAAAUUGUGGUUAAACACACUGACAGCGGCGUGUAUAUACAAUUAUACAGACUACAGUCCAAUCGAUCAUGGAGUGUUGGGGAGGUUUUUUCUGGUGUGAAAACCAUCAACCUAUCUCUGUUGGUCAAUAAUGCGCCGCGGAAGAGGCCGGGCCCUGCUGCCCGUUGUUCUCUUCAUUAUCUGUACUUUAAAUCGAUAUAUUUAUGGCAUAUCGCCGGGAUUAUUCGAUGGCUCCGUCCGGGACAAUAUUGUGACCACACCGAACUACUGGAGCCGCAGUAAUUUCGGAUUAUCGAUCAUUUGUCCGCGGGAAUGCGCCUGUAAUGACCAACUGACCAGUAUUGAUUGCAGUAAACGUCGACUGAAACGGAUACCCAGUCCGUUUCCGGUGCAAGUUGAAAAAUUAGAUCUGCAAGGAAACAAUUUGACCUUUGUCGGAAAGGACGAAUUCCGCGGACUGAAAAAUCUCAAAAUUUUGCAACUUCAAGAGAAUCAAAUUCACAGCGUGGAAAAGGGAGCCUUCGAUGAUCUGCGGUCCUUGGAGCGCCUGCGCUUGAACAGGAACAAUUUACGGACACUGCCCGAUCUCCUAUUGAGCAGUCUGGGUCAGCUCAAUCGAUUAGAUUUGAGCGACAAUCGGCUGCAGUAUAUAACACGAUCAGCAUUUGAAGGGGCCCCCAGACUGCGGAAUCUACAGUUGGAUAACAACCGUAUACGAUGCCUCGACGGGGAAGCUGUUCGAAAGCUGAAAGAGCUGCAGAUUUUAACGCUGAACUACAACAACCUUACGACACUGGCCAAGGACAUUUUCACCGAUAUGAGAAAUUUAAGGAUUUUACGAAUCUCAGAAAAUCGCUUGACAUGUGAUUGCAAUUUGCAAUGGCUGGCGUUAUGGUUGCGCCGGAACCCUCGACUGGCUCUGUUCACCAAAUGUUUCGCGCCGCGGGAGCUGCGCAAUCGGAAUAUCGCCGAACUGGAAGCGCGUGAUCUCAAGUGCGCCAAUAUGCACGGUUUCACCACCAACCACGGCAUGGCCUACUAUGCCCUCCCGCAAAGGUCAGCGGAUGUGGUGUGUAACGAUGUCAAGCCCAAUUGUCCGGAUAGCUGUUGGUGUACGGAUGAGGGACUGGUCGAUUGUCGGGAGAGAGGAUUGAAGAAGAUACCCACUGAUAUCCCGCACGAUGUCACCGAAUUGCAUCUGGAAGACAACAAUAUCACCACCAUCCCCAGUCUGGCGUUUGCCUCCUUCAAAUAUUUGAAGAUAAUAAAUAUCAGUAAUAACGGUAUUACGGACGUCGCACCGGAUGCCUUUAAUGGUCUUGUUUCGCUCACUUCACUGAUAUUGGCCGGAAAUCAAAUUACAGAACUAAUACCGGGUGUCUUCCGUGGACUCAAAUCCUUGCAACUCCUGUUACUAAAUUCCAACAAAAUUACUUGCCUCCGUGUGGAUACAUUUUCGGAUUUGAACAACUUAAAUUUAUUGUCAUUAUACGACAACAAACUGGCAUCCUUCUCCAAUGGAACGUUUGCUCCUCUUCGCAAUCUGCAGACGCUACAUUUGGUUCGGAAUCCAUUUGUAUGCGACUGCAACCUACGUUGGCUCAAGGAAUUCUUGUCGGCCAAUCCGCUGCUGGACCAGACCGUCCCCCGCUGUGAGGGCGGCCCCAUGCGCCUGGACCGGCAACGUAUUGACCGUGUCUCUGCCGAGAAGUUCAAGUGCAAAGAUGGUGAAUACAGCAAAACGGAAGCCUUGGCAUCUGGAACCUGUAUCCUGGAUGCGGAUCCAGCGCAGCGUUCACUAUGUCCGGAAGAGUGCUUCUGUCAAGGAACACUGGUCAACUGCUCCGCACGCAAGCUGGAAUAUAUUCCGCGACGACUGCCGAAAUUUACAACACAGCUACUGCUGAACGACAAUCGCAUCAGCAAGUUGGAACGACUGGGAAUUUUUAAAGGGGUGCCGCAGCUCUUCCGAAUUGAUUUGUCCAAUAAUAUGGUUUCGUCAAUUGCCGAGAACGCGUUCGAAGGAGCAACGUCACUCGUUGAUCUAAACUUGGCCAGCAACGACCUGCGUCAUCUGAACGCGUCCAUGUUCAGCGGCCAGUUGGACAAUCUGCGCAGUCUGUCGUUCUAUGACAACCAGAUCGCCUGCAUCAGCAGCGGCACAUUCGACAUGCUGCCCCAGUUGCACAGCCUGAACCUAUUAAACAACCCAUUACACUGCAACUGUCAUCUCAGUUGGUUCCCGGAAUGGCUGCACCAGAAGCGCAAAGAUGCGGCAUUCCAACUAACCGGGCGGCCGCGCUGUGCCUCACCGCUGAACGUCAAGGACACGCCCAUCCAGGAUCUGGUGGGGAAAGAGCUGCGCUGUGCGGCGGAAGAUCUGAUCUGUGCGGCCGGUGUGCACGGUGAACGGCCCACUCCGUGUCCGGAUAAGUGUACGUGUACGGGAACUGUGGUGCGGUGUUCGCGGCAGAAGCUGAAGGCGGUGCCGAAGGGAAUCCCGUUGCGAACUACAGAACUAUAUCUGGAUGUCAAUGAAAUCGAGGAAAUUCCCGUGGAAAUUAACCAGCUAACCGAAUUGGUGCGGUUGGACUUGUCCAACAACCUGGUUCCUUUUAUCCCCGAUUACGCCUUCGCCAAUCUGACCAAAUUAGCGACAUUAAUCAUGAGCUACAACAAACUGCAGUGUAUUCCACGACACAGCUUCCGCGGUUUAACAGCGCUCCGCUUACUGUCGCUGCACGGGAAUGAUCUUUCGACGAUACCGGAAGGAACCUUUGAUGACCUAGUUGCAAUGUCACACAUAGCCCUUGGAAGUAAUCCGUUCCAUUGCGAUUGUGAGCUGAAGUGGUUGUCGGAGCUGUUUAAGAAAAGCUAUAUCGAGCCCGGCAUUGCGACAUGCGCCACGCCCACCGAACUGCGAGAUAAACUGGUGCUUAGUGCAUCUUCCGAUCGGUUUAUUUGCAAUGAGCGUCCUCCUGAACGUGUAUUGGUUAAAUGUGACACAUGUUACACAUAUCCGUGUAAAAAUGGAGCCGCUUGUGCGAAGCGCAAUGUACUGGAUUACGAAUGCCGCUGUCAGCCGGGAUAUCACGGGAAGAACUGCGAAUACGAGAUUGACUCGUGCUACGGAAAUCCUUGUGAGAAUGGUGGAUCCUGUAAGGUUAUUGACCACGGUCGCUUCAGUUGUGUUUGUCCGCUGGGAUACGAAGGAGACCGUUGCGAAACGAAUAUCGAUGACUGCGUCGGAAAUUUAUGCCAGAACAACGCCACCUGUGUCGAUCAGAUACAAGCGUACACGUGUUCGUGUCCUAAAGGUUAUACGGGAACAUACUGCGAUAAAAAGAUCGACUACUGCUCUCCGGCAUUAAACCCGUGUAAAAAUGGAGCCACCUGUAUUGAUCGCUUUACCGAUUACGCCUGUGCUUGCCCACCUGGAUUCCGUGGUCGGAACUGUACAGAAAAUAUCGACGAUUGCGAAGUUCAUCUGUGUCAAAAUAUGGGGACGUGCGUUGAUGGUAUCAGCAAUUACACUUGUAAGUGCCCCGAAGGUUUCCAAGGGCGUUACUGCGAAAUGGCUCCGAUGGUGAACAUGCUAAUGUAUCCCGCCGCAACAUCGCCCUGCGAAGCCAGCGACUGCAAGAACGGCAUCUGCUACCAACCGCCCGGCAUGCAGUUGGACGAAUACAUGUGUAAAUGCUAUCCUGGCUUCACCGGCAAGUACUGUGAACAAUGGGUCGGUGUGACCUUUACCGAACCCGAUUCCUAUGUUCAACUCAAGAAGUUCCCAGUCAAAGCCGAAGUCAAUCUGACCUUUACCUUAGCCACGACCGAGCAGUUUGGUGUAGUGUUCUACUAUGGACAGAGCGUCAAAGAUGUUCAUGUAUCGACGGCGCAUUUAUCCAUGGAGCUGUUCAGAGGACGGUUGAAGGUCAGUUUUGAUGUGGGCAAUUAUCCGGUGUCGACCAUCUUUUCCUAUGAACUGCUGGAUGAUGGGGAAUUCCAUCGGUUGGAGUUUUUGAUUAAGGGUAAAAAUUUGACGAUGAAGAUUGACUCCAAUCGGAGUCGUUACGUGAUCAAUGAGGGACCAAGAGAUUACUUGCCGAGUGAUGGGAGGAUAUUUUUCGGGGGAUUGGAACAGAAUGUUAAAAAGGAAGCAAUUAAGCAGUGGCAUUUCCGCAACGCAUCUAGCCUGAAAGGUUGCAUUAGCGAUAUUCGUAUUAACAACGAGCAAAUGGACAUCAGUCAGACCAUGCAGCAGCACAAAGUAACUUCCGGUUGUUUGACGUUCGCCAAAAAUGAAGAUCAUGUCUGCACUAAAGAUCCGAAACGGUGUCUUCAUGGAGGAAAAUGCAACGCCCUGGACAUGGUCAACUACGAAUGCCAGUGUCCUAUUGGGUAUGGAGCUGCACACUGCGAACAAGAACCAACUUGCGAGAAACGCUCACGAAGGGAAUACCUUCAAGACGCUAACGGGUGCCGGUCACGGAAGCCGGUGAAGAUUUCGGAAUGCAGCGGGACAUGUUAUCCCAGCGGUGCGGCGAAUCCCGUCUCGACAUGUUGUCGCGCCAACAAGAUGAAGCAGCGACGGAUCAAGAUGAUCUGUCCACUGGCCAAGAAGACUUAUUAUAAACACUACGAAGUAGUGCGCAAGUGCUCUUGUACCAUUCAGUGCUGACCUUUGUUUUGUGGAGGAGAGGAGAAUUUUUUCUAAAAGCGGUUCACUCAAAUCUGACGUUUAUAUAAUUAUGCUGUAUGCGGAAUAAUCCUCGGUAAAGUUUUUAUGUGUUGAAUGAGAGAUUUUUUUGUAUUUGUACAUCUUUGAAUUUAGCGUUAGUUUAAAAUUUCGUCGUUGUCGUAAUUGGAUUAUCAGUUUUAGAGUACUGGUUGGUGCCUUUUUAAUGGUGUUUCUUGUACCUGUCAAGUUGGGUUACGCAUUUUUUAUUUUCGUUGUCUUGUUCCUUGAUAAUUUUUCGUUUUGUUUUAUACACAAGCGAUUUUACAACCGAUAGCUGUCAAACAAUUAACACAGAAAGUGGCGGCAAUUUGCAGUUUGAUUUAACACGAUAGAAAAAAAAGUUUUUUUAAAGCG